ACAUAUCAAGUACACAAGCAGGCUGUUCUCGUCCCUUGAGAAUCUGCUGGGGGUAGGAGCUAAGCCACAGUACGAUUUGCUCUAUAAAUGAGCAGAAAAGCGAUCCAGGACAGGGCAGCAGAGGAGGAAACAGCCUGCGGGGCUUUUCUGGUGGCAUACACCCCCCCUUAUUGAGAAAGUAUUGCUGCUCUCUUCUACCUGGGAUGUUUUUCUAGACAUGAAGGCAACAAGCUUAUUCCUUUUGGUAGGAUUUAUAAGAGAGUUUCAAGUUUUUGCAAGCAAUGUCUCUCCAGUCAACUGCCGGUGGGACUCUUAUGGCCCUUGGUCAGAGUGCAGUGGCUGUACCAAGACUCAGACUCGCAGGCGGGUAGUGGCUGUUUAUGGGCAAUACGGAGGCCAGCCAUGUGUUGGAAGUGCUUUUGAAACCCAGUCCUGUGAACCUACGCGAGGGUGUCCAUCCGAAGAGGGCUGUGGAGAACGAUUCAGGUGUUUUUCAGGUCAGUGCAUCAGCAAAUCGCUGGUCUGCAACGGGGAUGCGGACUGUGAGGAGGACGGCGCUGAUGAAGACAGAUGCGAGGACUCCGAAGGCAGACCCUCCUGUGACGUCCUCAAACCUCCUCCCAACGUGGAACUUACCGGCAGCGGUUACAAUGCACUCACCGGCCAGUUUAGGAACAAAGUCAUCAACACCAAAAGCUUUGGUGGCUACUGCAGAAAAGUAUUCAGUGGGGAUGGAAGUGAUUACUACAGACUGAGUGGAAACAUCCUCUCCUACACCUUUCAGGUCAAAGUAAAUAAUGAUUUUAACUAUGAGUUUUACAACAGUAGCUGGUCUUACUUAAAGCAGACGUCGACGGACUAUACAUCAUCUAAUCGGAGGAGAGGUUUUUUUAGUUCGUCGUCAUCUCAGGAACACAGUCAUACUUCAAACACCAUUAAAAGCCAUAAGAAAAAGAGUUAUAAAUUAUUGGUUAUUCAAAACAUUGUUGAAGUGGCUCAGUUCAUUAACAACAAUCCAGAAUUUUUACAGCUUUCUGAACCAUUCUGGAAGGAACUAUCGCUUCUUCCCUCUCUAUAUGACUUUAGUGCCUACCGAAGAUUAAUUGACCGGUAUGGGACACAUUAUCUGCAGUCUGGCUCUUUAGGAGGAGAAUAUAGAGUUAUAUUUUAUGUGGACUCAGGAAAUACCAAACACAGUGAUGUUGGUUCAGAACAGAAGAAAGAAUGCAAAUCUUCGGAUUUUCGGUUUUUCUUUGUAUUAUCAUCAUCAAAGCACAGGUGCAAAGAACUGGACGAGACUUUGAAAACAGCUUCAGGAACUCGGAGCAACGUGCUGCGAGGAGACCCAUUUGUCAGAGGGGGAAGUCCGGGCUUCGCAGCCGGCCUCAGUUUCUUAGAGCUGGACAAUCCUGCUGGGAACAAAGAGCGAUAUUCUGCCUGGGCAGAGUCUGUAACCAAUCUUCCCCAAGUCAUAAAACAAAAGCUGACGCCCUUGCAUGAGCUGGUAAAGGAAGUGCCUUGUGCCUCUGUGAAAAGACUGUAUCUGAAACGGGCUCUUGAGGAGUAUCUGGAUGAAUUCGACCCCUGCCACUGCAGGCCUUGCCGAAAUGGUGGCAUUGCCACUGUUGUGGGGACACAGUGUCAGUGCCACUGCAAACCGUACACAUUUGGAGUGGCGUGUGAACAAGGCGUCCUUGUGGGGAAUCAAGCAGGAGGGGUGGAUGGAGGUUGGAGUUGCUGGUCCUCUUGGGGCCCCUGUGUUCAAGGGAAGAAAACAAGGAGCCGAGAAUGCAAUAACCCAGCUCCCAGUAGGGGUGGAAAGUCCUGCGUUGGAGAAACAACUGAAAGCAGGCAGUGUGAAGACGAGGAGCUGGAGAGUUUGCGAUUGCUAGAACCACAUUGCUUUCCUUUGUCUUUGGUUCCAAGAGAAUUCUGUCCAUCACCUCCUGCCUUAAAGGAUGGAUUUGUUCAAGGGGAAGAUGCCAUGUUUCCUGCUGGGAAAAAUAUAAUAUAUACUUGUAAUGAAGGGUACUCUCUUGUUGGAGAUCCUGUUGCCAGAUGUGGAGAAGACUUACAGUGGCUUGUUGGGAAAAUGCAUUGUCAGAAAAUUGCCUGCAUUCUACCUUCACUGAUGAAUGGCUUGCAGAGUCAUCCCCGGAAAUCGUUCUACACCGUUGGCGAGAAGGUGACACUUUCUUGUCCAGAAGGCAUGUCCUUAGAGGGUCCUUCAGCAUUUCUUUGUGGCUCCAGCCUUAAAUGGAGUCCUGACAUGGAGACUGCCCAGUGUGUGCAGAAAGACGUUCCUUUAUCACCAGCAGUGCCUGUAUGUCAGCGCUGGGAGAAAUUACAGAAUUCAAGAUGUGUUUGUAAAAUGCCCUAUGAAUGUGGAUCUUCCUUGGACGUUUGUGCUCGAGAUGAGAGAAGCAAAAGGACUCUGUCUCUGACAGUUUGCAAGAUGCAUGUUCUUCAGUGUCAGGGUAGGAAUUACACUCUUUUGGAUAAGGGCAGCUGCACGUUGUCUGCCUCUGCUGAGAAGGCUUGUGGUGCCUGUCCACUGUGGCAAAAAUGUGACGCUCAGAGCAACAAAUGUGUCUGCAGAGAAGCAUCGGAGUGCCAGGAGGAAGGGUUCAGCAUCUGUGUGGAAGUGAAUGGCGAGGAACACACAAUGUCCGAGUGUGAGGCAGGAACCCUGAGAUGCAAGGGACAGAACGUCUCCAUAAUCGGCACGGAGCCCUGUGUUGCAGAAACCCUGAGGACUCCAGGCAGCCUUGAGCAUCAUGUUCACCGCACAGAGGGCAUCUGGGGCUGAGUGAAAAUAACGGUGUAACGAGGCACUCAGACUGCCUUCCCGCCGUUCUUUCCUUCUCCUUCCCCUUCAGUGUAUGCUUCUCCCCCUGUGUUCAGCCACCUUGUAAACCCUUUCUUUUCAAGAUCUGAUUCUGCAUACUUUCACUUCUUUUUCUUUGUUAAAUGUAUAAAGAAUACUCAUGAAUUAUUACAUCAACUAAUUGUGUGUUUUUGGAAAAAAAUUUAUGGGCUCACUUUUUUUGCCUAUAAAAUUACAGAACUGCACUACAGACAUUUCCAUACUCCAUGCGUACCUGUGAUUUUAUUAAGUAUGAUUCAUGUAGACCAGGGGCCAGAACGUCCUCUCUGAAUUGAUUAGGAAAGCAGAAAGAACACAAUUUCCUCAUUAGAGACGUUAUCUUUCCACAGUGAAAUCAAACACAAAAAGGAUAUGGGAUGAAAAGAGACAGAUACAAUUAUUUCUAUCCUGAGUUGUAAUGUCAUGUUUCACCCUACUGAGUCAACCCCCCCACAUAAAGAUCUCUAUCUUGUCAGGAGAUUGAACCACUUAAAUGUCAAAGCAGAAUCCAUCAUUCUGUGGGCAUAGGGCACUGUCUGCUUUCUUGUCUGAGAACAAAUAUGAUUCAGCUUCCUGUUUUGCUUUUCAGUAUGUAUCAAAAUUAAGACCUACAAAACAUUCUAUUUUUUUAAAAAAAGUAUCAUUAGUUUAUGCACAAACUAUUGAGUGAUGCAUUUAUGAGAACAAUCUUCCCUACUCUGGAUGUACACCUAGAUUUUUUUCCAGAAGUAUACAAUUUGAAGCAUUGCCUUCUAUUUAUUUCUUAUUCGUCUUUCAUCACAAUAAAAGUGGGCUUUAAAAAAAAGAAAAAUAUUGGCUUG